AUGGGUACAAACACCGUAGAAGCCCAGCAGCAUCUUGAAAAACGUUACCCGGACUCCUCUCCAUCCAAAUCAACGAUUUGUCGUUGGUAUGCUGAGUUUAAACGUGGUCGUACGGACACAAACGAUGCGGAACGUUCGGGUAGGCCAUUGGAAGCCCUUCCACCGGAAAAUAUAGAAAUGCAGAAAAUGCUAAAAUGGACCGAAUUAUGGCACCUGCGUAAAACAAAACACCAGUUUCUUACAAUACUCCUCACGCCGAUGCAUUAUGUCGCCCGAAAAUUUUUGCAGGAGAAGAUUUUACAGCAAGAAAUUUAUCAUAUAGAAAGUGUAUUAAAUCUGAAGCUCGACGAAGCGACAGAAGACCAUGAGAAACGAAAAAUACGAGCCAAGUUGGGUAUUUGGACACCAGAUUUGAAUUCUGCGACCACAAAAACAUAUAGAUGUGCUAGUGUAAUCUGUCGGACAGAAAACUUUUUUUUGUGUGCCGGUGCAUUGAAAGCUGACUCUAAAGAUGUAGUUAAAGAAGAUUAUAUAACGAAGUAUGAAAAGCGUCCAGCUUCCAAAAGAAACAUAUGCUUAGCAGAUUUUAUAGCUUGUUCUAAGAAACCUACUACAACAAAUAAAGACAAACUGGGCGCUGACUUGCGAGACCUCUGA